AGAGCACCCGGGCGUGUCGUUCGUUCUCACACUCACACAAACUCUGGAAUUCACAUGUGGGGUGGGUGCUACUAGAGUUUUUUUUUUAACUAUAACUACCAGGCGGAGGCGUUGUGUGAUAUAAACAAAGAGAAAAAGAUGCACUAUUACAGAUAUGAAAAUGCAGAGGUCAGCUGUUGCUACAAAUACCUCAUGUUCAGCUACAACAUUAUCUUUUGGCUAGCCGGAACAGCGUUCAUUGCAAUUGGCUUUUGGGCCUGGAGUGAAAAGGGUGUUUUAUCAGAUCUGACACAAGUUACACGUCUACAUGGUUUUGACCCAGUUUGGGGGGUGCUUGUUGUGGGCACAGUCACUUUCAUUUUGGGAUUUGCUGGGUGUGUUGGAGCUCUCAGGGAAAACAUCUGCCUCCUUAAGUUUUUCGCUGGAGUCAUUGGCUUCAUCUUCUUCCUGGAGUUGACGGCUGCGGUGUUGGCGUUUGUGUUCCAGGGCCAAGUUAGGGAGUGGAUCAGUGAUUUCUUCUUGGCUAAUGUGAAGGCCUACAGGGAAGACAUUGACCUGCAGAACCUGAUCGACUCUCUCCAGAAACUGAAUCAUUGCUGGGGGGCUAAAGACCCCAACGACUGGAAUCUAAAUGUGUAUUUUAACUGCUCAGAGAGUAACCCCAGCAGAGAGAAAUGUGGAGUGCCGUUUUCCUGCUGCAUCAGCGACCCUGCUGAUACAGUGGUGAACACGCAGUGUGGAUAUGAUGUUAGAGCAUCUGGCACACCGUCUGAAUGGAGCAACACCAUUUAUGUCAAAGGAUGCAUGAUUGCUUUGGAGGAGUGGCUUCCACGCAAUCUCUACAUUGUGGCUGGAGUCUUCAUAGUAAUAUCAUUGCUACAGAUGGUGGGAAUCUUCUUGGCGAGGACGUUGAUUGGAGACAUUGAAAAAGUCAAGUUUAAUUAUUACUGAGCUCACAUUACUGAAAGGGAGACGUGCACCUCCUGUUAUUCUUCUGCGUCUCAUUUUGUGGAGAAGAGGACUCUGGACCAUUCACUGCACCACCUUUUCAGAAUUUCUAUAAACCACAUGUUAAAUACGCAGCUGCCUAAGUUUACCUGGAUAUUGUCACAUGUGUGCCUUGUCUCUUCAAGUUUACCUCCGGCCCACUCCCUAUUUUUAGUAGAAAUCUUUUUUUUUUUUUUUCAAAUCUUUUUUUUUAUAGGACUACCAUUAACCAAACAUUUGUAUUUUUGGGACCACUAUUAACCAAGCUGGUUGUACAUAGUGCCAACAUAACCUGUAAACUAACCUGAAAUGUAAUUUGUAAUGAUGAGAAGUCAACCAAACUUUGAUUCCUAAAAUGUAUCUAUAUGGUCCUGUUGCACACACUC